CCCACUUGUUCAAGCACACAGCGAAGUCAUGUGUGUAAAGUUCUUCGUACUUAGUGCCAGAACAUGGGUGUGGUCACCAUGACCCCUUCAGCAGCAGCCGUAAUGAAGUUCACUCCACGACCCUGUGGGUUCUGGUCAUUGCAAAGAGGAGCUGUACCAGACAGGGAAGACUGUGGCAGAUGGCAUGACGUCAUGCUUGAUAGUCUGGAUUGGGGACACCUGGGAAGCAACCUCUGAAGACCUUGGGAGUAUUAGCACGGGUGGAUGACUGUCUCCAGGCUACAAACGGACUCAGUUCCGCAGGGCAGCUGCAUUAUGAGAUGGAACAAGAUGCACUUGACUCUCAGCAACUCCCCCGGGUGGGAUGUGGUGGGAGAGGACCGGACGCGGGCACAGAGUGAAACCCGUACAGAGGGAGUGAUGGCACGGAGCCUGGGGAGCCGCAGACAGAGCCUUCUGCCCACACUCCACUUCCUGCCCCCACCGCAGCUGAUCCAGCUGGGAGGAUGGAGACCCGCCCAGCCCCAGGGAGGGAGGAGCCACAGGCCAGGUGGAUCUGGCUAAGAGCCUGGGCUCCAGCGUGCCCCAGACGUGGGGAAGUGACUGCAAGCUGGCAGGCGAAGGUGAGAGCACUGUUGGCCCCAGGAUCCAGCUCUGGGAAGCUGGGAUUCUUUCCCAGACGCUGGCUCUGAGGAACACAAUGGAAGAGGAAGGGGUAAGAAACUUCAAGGAACUUCGAGCCAAAUUUCAAAAGUUUGAUGCCCCACCUUUCCCAGGACCGAUUAAGUUGCCAACUGGUGUUUCUCGAAAGGAUGACAGGGGACACACACAGUCAGCUCAGAGUCUGGCUAGUGGGAAGGGCCUCUCAUCCAAUCACCAUCAGCCCCUGUCUUCUUCUUCCACUGAAGUGUGCCAGCCUCUUAAAAGCCAGGAAAUUAAGUCGGCGCAAAGAGGUGAAAUUCAGAAGAACUCACGUUCCUCGGGACCUCCGGAAAAGUCUGCAGUGUGUCCUGCAAGAAAUUCCCAGGAAGCUGCCAUGCCACGGAAUGGAAGUCGAUCAAAAGCUGAGACAUCCAAUGAGGAGAAAGGACUGGUCCUUAGCAGCUUCAGAUUUAAGCUUUGGAACUGGGAGAAAUUUUUAUCUCAGAACAGUAAGAUGUCCCCAGCUCCGCCUCUUACCAACUGUGGGAAUAAGACCUUCCAUGUGGAAAGUCAGAAAACCACAGGGCUUGCUCAGAUAAAACCAGAGACGAGCCCGGAGACAACAGAAGUCCAGACCCUUCCUUCCCAGAGCCAUCUCAUGGUCUGGAGAAAAUCACCUGUGGCCUCUGAAGCCUCCCCUUUGCCACUUCCUCAGCAUGGCAGGAAAGGUACAGACAGCCCUGGUGCUGAGGAGAGCCCCAGGAGCAGCCUGUGCCAGCCUGUUUAUGAGUGCGAGCUUACCAGCCCGGUUCCAGAUGAGCCAGAGAGCAGGCAUCAACAGCUUCCCAAAAUAAAGCCACUGCCUUCCAUUGAGACCCUCGGCCCGCCUCCCAAAAAGCCUUCAAAACCCCCAUUUGUGGACCUCCAGGCCUUCCAUAGGCAGCCAACUGCUGUCUCCAAGACCCUGAAAGAAGUGACUGUGAAGGAGGGCCCCCUGACUCCAGAUGGGGCUGAGUUGGAAGAAUCACAUAAUUAUGACAUAACAAUUUCAUAUCUGAGUCACUCUUGCAACUCCAUUAACCCAUGUGCUGCAGGAGAAACGACUGAUGCCACUUAUGAAAUUGAAAUUGAAGAACUCCGAAAGCCUUGGAGGAGUUUUCUCCAUCCAGAGCUGAGCCCUAGACCUAAGGAUGAAGAAAACAACGUGAAGGAAAAAGAGCCAUGGGAAUUAGAACCUCAAAAGCGAGAGGAUUCACAUCGUGACCACCCUUCUGAGGCAGGUGUAUAUGAAGGGACACCAGAAGAAGUCCAUGAGGACAGAAGGAGUGCUCCAGCUGGAAACCCAGAAGCCAUGACUGACAUCACUCCGAACAGGCUCUUCCCCGAGGAUAUGAUGCUGACCAGGCCCUACCAAGAUAAGGGUGGGUAUGUGGAGGCUUUGGAGGUGACCAAAGAAACCCCAAGUCCAAGUACCAUUAGGUCAAACUCCUCUUCAGAGGAGACUUAUGACGAUGUGGGGUGCUCCAGAGAAGAUCUACCCAAGUGGGACUUCUCCAGCUCAUUCACCUCAGACAGCGAGGAAAAUAGUGAAGACAUGUAUGAAGAUAUCUACAAAGCAAAGAAUAAUGACCAAAAAACAAGUGUAGAUGGAAGAGCAGCCCUGAGAAGACUGCAGCAGCUCUUCAGGAACGAGAAGGGCAUAUUCAGAAUGAAGAAAGCCAAGUCAAAUGUCAGCAAUGGAUUUUCCAUGUCACUGCCUGACUUAGGACUCGGGUCUGAGGACAUUACCAUCUAUGAUGAUGUGGACACAAGUGAGAAAGAAUCAAAAGAUGAAGACAAAUUAAAAACUUGGAAGCUUAAGUUUCUGACAUCAAAGUGGAAAAAGGGGGGAAAAGACAGUGAAGGAUCCAAAAGUUUUUCUCCCAGAAAUUUCUUCAGAGCUAAGAAGCACCAUUUAGAAAAGAAUAGAAUGGAAAAAGAAGAAAAACUUUUCAGAGAAAGAUUUCAGUAUGGUAAAGAGAUUGUAGUCAUUAACAGAGCAGUAGCAUGCUCUAGCAAUUCACGAAAUGGAGUAUUUGACCUGCCAAUAACUCCUGGAGAACAGCUGGAAGUUAUUGACACCACUGAAGAAAACCUAGUGAUAUGUCGCAAUUCCAAAGGCAAAUAUGGAUAUGUGCUCAUUGAACAUCUAAAUUUCAAGCAUCAGGGCUGAUUCCAUUAGGAAGGUCUGCAUAAGUCAGGAUGUGCCCAAGCUGUGAGCCCAGCCCCACAGCCCUUCCAGUUCCUGUGUCAAAUGAGAUGGGCUGUGGAGACUUCUGUCAGAAACUCAGAAGAAAACCCUCAACAUGUCAAUGUUGGUUGGACUUCAAAAAAGUUUGUCUUUCAAUGUCUGUUUUACUGCUGGUUCAAGAGAUUGUGAAACAGAACGUUAGCAUGCGAGCCCUUGCCUAAUGAGCCACAUCCCAAGUUAGACAUCUUGCCUUAUGGCACCAGUGAGCUGUGCAGAUGGUUAGUGAACAUCUAAUGUUAGUACACGUCAAAUGUAAUUUCUUGGUGCACAUCUACAUUUCAUAUGAAUUCUAAGUGGUAAAGAAUGUAACCAUGUUACUUUAAACAAAACAACACCUGAGCCAUAGUUAUUUGUUGUUUUUUUAACCAAAGUAAAAGAAUAGAAGGGAACAGUGUGCUGGGGAGGGAGGGGGGAAAUUCUUUUCUAAAUUCAACCACAAGUAUUUUUUAGAAAUGUUUAACAAAAAUGUGAGGAUAUGUACAUGUUGUAUCAUGUGAAAACUUUGCCUAAAAUAGGGGAAAUUAAUAGUUUGUCUAUGCCCAAACAUAUCCAAGUGUGUUUCAUUUACAUGAUAGUACACAGAAAUUGCACAGUGUAAAUAACAUUCUGGUCCUACCUGAUGUGCACUGUGUGUUAAUAAAUUCUACAUAUGCUUUCAACUGUUAUACUUCGAGUUCAGUUCUCAGCACCUACAUGCAGCAGCUCACAAUACCUGUUACUCUAGGAGAUGAAACAUCCUCCUCUGGCCUCCAGGGCACCUGCACUCAUAUGGCUUUUGUUCCCACAAAAGCAUAUGAAGAAUCCUCCUCAACUCUUUAAGCAGCAGGCACGAUGGAAGCUUUUUCUUGACAGAGUCAUCUUAUCUACUUCAAAGCUACUUUUCAAGUUUUUAUGUUCUUCGUCUUCCUCUACAUGCUCCAGAUGGCACUCACCAAUAAAGGCCAUGUUCAUUCUAACCCACAUGAAUCAAAGGUAUUCAGAGUUCAAAGCUUAGAGAAUAAAACAGGACCCAGACGUGCUGCUCCUGGGCAUAUACCCAAAGGCCACGAUAUACGUGCACAUCCAUGUGUAUUGUUGCUACAUAAUCCACAAUAGGAAGGUAAAGGAACCAGCUUAGAUGCCCAUCAACUGAUGAAUAAUGAAAGUAUACAUACACACAAUGGAAUUUUAGUCAUCUAUAAAUAAAAAUUAAAUUACAGGAAAAUAAAUGGGUCUAGAAGUAUA